UCAGGACUGUGGUCUCCGGGUCCGACCCGAUCGCUCCUGUGGUCUUCAACCUGCCGUCACGUCCCAGAGGCCAUGUCACAUCUGCACAUCAGGACACCAGCCAGGUCGGUGGGUGGUUCCAUGUCUCAGCUGUUCUGACAAUAGGACAUGUGAUUGGAGGGAGGUUGCCUGGCAACCAGAUGGCUGUCACCACCGGUUGGUGGAGCGCCCCCUGCUGCAGGACUGUAUGACAGACAGGAAGGUGUUGUUUAUCGGUGACUCGACCAAUCGUGGGAUGAUGUACUUCCUGAUGGAGCGGGUCAACUCCAGUCUGGACGACUGGGGCAAAGCUCAUGACACGCUUGUCCACAGGGACCUGAACGCAGGUCGGACUCUGGUCAGUUACUCGUAUUAUCCUCAGUUCUGGUUGGAGAAGGAGCAGAGGCCUACGUUCAGGGAGGCGCUGCUGCAGCUGCUCCACAGGUCUCGACCUCUGGUGAACUCUAACCUCACUGUCCUGGUGGUGGGAGGAGUCCAGUGGCUCAACACCAAUCACCUGUGGACGGUCAGCGAGGUGCUGGACAGGGAGGGUCUCAGUAACAUCCUGGUGGUGGUGAAGACUUUAGGGAUGGGUUUCCAUCUUCCUGUGGAUGGGAUCAGAUCUCUCAGUCUGAGAGAAAUCCAAGAUCUCGACAAAGACAACGACAACAUCAUCGCCACAGCGAAGCAUCAUGGGUACGAGGUGAUCGACACGUUCAGCAUCACGAUGGGUCGAUAUAAAGAGUUCCUGCAGGGGAGAUGUGCCUGCCACUUUCACGAGGUGGAGAGAUUUCCGUCCUUUAGGCCUCCAGACGACACGACGUCCAAGAGAAGCACAUCCUCCAGAACGAGACUCAGCAGCCAAUCAGCCAUGCAGGACACGGAGCAGGAGGUGGAGCCUGACACCUUCACUUAUCACGUGAGAGGACCAGUGAACCAGGUGUACUCUGAGAUCCUCCUGAGCCGCCUGUGUCCCGCAAACUGAACACGUGUGUGUGUUGUGUGAGAGACAGAGUAAAAACACAUGUAUGAAACAUGACAAGACAGAGAACAUUUCUAAACUUUUCAUCAAACUGAAGAGCCACAAAUAUUUUUAGUUUGUGAAUCAGAAUCAUUUUCUGAACGUCAAAAGCUUUUUUAUGUGCAGAAGAAAAUCUUCAGUUUCCUGUUGUUGUUCCAGAAACUGAGUGAGAACCAAUUAUUUCUACAAUCGCUACAAGUUAUAGCUAGUUAAUAGUUAAUUACUUCUGCUAAUGCUACUAGUUAAGUCUGCCAACUGCUCGUCACAUCCUCGAGUGCUGCUAAUCGUAUCUGCUAAUUAUAUUUGUUAUUAAAUAUGUUAAUUAUGUCUUUGUGGGGUCCUGGCGACCUCCUCUCAAGUGAUGUAACUAUUUUUUCAACAUUACCUUGUUUCUACAGGGCACAACUUGUUACUUUUACUACAUAGUUGCAGUACAACUGAUACAUACUAGUAGUUCUCUAUAUA